AUGGCUACCUCCAGCACUACAGGCAAGGCGGAGGGUGGAAGGCAAAAGUGGAAGGGGAAGGAGGAGGAGAAAGAAGAGCCAGCAGAGGCAGCUGUGGGGGCUUCCCCAGGAGAGAAGACUGGUGAUUCUCCAGGACCCUCCUCUCUGAAGAGGAAGGCCCACCAGGAGCGCCCUCUGGAUUUGCACCCUCUGCAGUACAGGUGGGCUCUCUGGUUCUUCAAGAAUGACCGAUCGCGGGCCUGGCAGGAUAACCUGCACCUGGUCGCAAAGGUUAACACUGUGGAGGACUUCUGGGCGAUGUACAGUCAUGUGAAGCUGGCCAGUAAGCUAUCUUCCGGCUGUGACUAUGCCCUAUUCAAGGAUGGCAUCGAGCCCAUGUGGGAAGACAACAGAAACAAGCGGGGUGGCCGCUGGCUGGUCAGUCUUGCCAAGCAGCAGCGCCACAUUGAGCUGGACCGUCUGUGGCUGGAGACAUUGCUGUGUCUGAUUGGGGAGAGUUUUGAAGAAUACAACAGGGAGGUAUGUGGAGCUGUUGUCAACAUCCGCACCAAAGGGGACAAGAUUGCUGUGUGGACAAGCGAGGCGGAGAACCAGGCAGGAGUGCUGCACAUUGGGCAUGUAUACAAAGAGCGCCUGGGCCUUUCCUCGAAGACCAUCAUUGGGUACCAGGCCCAUGCAGAUACUGCUGCCAAGAGCAAUUCCUUAGCCAAGAACAAGUUUGUAGUGUGAAAUAGACUUCAGCCACCUCUCUCCACUCACUGGAGUAGCAUUCCUUGAGCCUUUUACUGCUGUUGGGUGUAUAGGGGAGGCUGGGCUAUACGAUUGAUCCAGGCAGGACUUGGAGACAAACAGCCUGUUUUUUUUUUUUUUUUUUACCUGUCUUGGAAUAUAUAUAAGCACCUUCCCCCAUGCCCCCAGAUAAAGCCUUACUAUGUUGCCCAGUUUGGCUUGGUACUCAUGGGCUCAAGCCAUUCUCCAUUACAGAAGUGUACUCCUGUGCCUGGCUUCAUAAUUUUAACAUGAGAUGGGUGCAGGACUAGUGGUAGCUGGCCAAUACUUAUAAACCACACUGAGACCCUAGCUCUGCUUGUGGCCACUGGACAUAGGCAAAGUCUUGGCCUGCCAGAUGAGGACAGGAGAAUCCUGUGGUCCAACACUUCCUUUGUUCCUUCCCUGGGAAAGGGGCUAAGUGAUCCUAGGCAGGCUCUUCUGUCUUAGGGUAAGGGCUCCAGAUCACUGAUACUGACAUUGCAGAGAUGGGAGCUCCUCUGGGAGCACAGCUGAAAACCUUUAAGGGCCUCACUGUUCAUCAGAUCUGAAGUUUGGGUGCCUAUCCUAUAUCCUGCCCCUUCUCUAGACCAGCUGUGGCUGGAUUCUAGUGUGGGGCUGCUCUCCCUACUCCCUAUGCACCAAGGGCUAGAGUAAGUUAGAGGGAAAACACAGGCAUUUGUAUAAAGAUGGGUGGAAACUGGGGACUGAGAAAGCCCUGCACAGCCUUAUCUGAGGACAGGAUGAUAGGUCAGUGGUGUCUGUGUGUCUCUGGCCUUAGGGACAGACUGAAGUGGAGGGGGUGAUAAGCCUUGGAGCCAUUAUUUUGUUAGAAGGGGUCCACUUGAUCAAUAAAGCUUAAGCCUUUUUUGGGAAACUAUUCUAAAUAAAUACUUCUGAACAAACUUGGAGGGCUCUAAAUAUUUAAGAUCCAGGCUCUCCUAAAUUUGGAUCUACCCUGUCUUGAAAAGGGCUCAUGUGAGGAUCCCAGGUACCAAGAACUCAGAGAGCUCCCAUCUGCCAAGGCGUACACCACCACGCUGGCCCUAGCGCUGAAUUUGUGGCGGUCUGAUAAUACUCCAUUGUGCUUAGACGCAUUACCCUUUUGGCCCACCUGCCCCAUCAGCUCACUAGAGCUGCCAGUUUUCCCUAGGGAUGGACUCCACUGGUUCAGCGCGUUAGAUCUGGUGGCGGG